AUAGAAUAAAUAUGCAAACGAGCGCUCUUGAAAACAGCGUAAGGCUACUAGCGGUAAGUCAACAGGUCUGAUAGUAACAUUCUGGGCUCAAACAACACUUCAUUAUGUCCGAUACGCUGGGCGAAAGUCUCCUAAGGAAUCUGAUCAACCUGGGUUUAGAUGACUCGUUCACUCACAUUUCCCGUCCAUUGCCAUCGAAGAGCAUCAGCUCUGAGCGGCUCACCGACGAGCUCAUCGGCUGGUCCAGGGACAGCUGGAGCGACAAAGCGCUGAGUAAACCCCAGUAUCCCUUCAAACCAGACCGAUCCAUUAGUCUGACUGACAGCUGUCUCAAGAUGAAGCCCCAUAACGUCCCCCCACCGCCCGGAUUUGAACCUCUGCCCUCAAACCGAUACAAGACCGAACUAUGCCGAAGCUUUCAGGAGCACGGCAGCUGCAAAUACGGUAGCAAAUGUCAGUUUGCUCACGGCGAAAGUGAACUGCGAGGUCUUUACCGCCACCCGAAAUACAAAACUCAGGAAUGUCGCACUUUUUACCAGUUUGGAUACUGUCCCUACGGAUACCGCUGUCACUUCAUUCACGAGGAGAGAAGCCCUCUGGCCGGGGCGAAGACUCCCGGUGACCAGCAUCCGCGUCUGCUCCGCCAAAGUGUCAGCUUCGCCGGUUUCUCUGGACCUCGCAGUAGCUCUCCCCCGACUUUAUACGAGCCUCUGAGCUUCACUCGCGCGCCCUCGGUUUCCCCUCCUCCAGCUGACAUCUUAUCCCCCGUCUUCACCGACUCUUCCCCUGAAAUGUUCUCCUUCGGCCGUUACGGUAGCGGAGAAAUCCACAGCAACACGCCCUUCCCGGCAGAGCCUCAGUCACGGUGUUUCUGUGGACACGGAAAUAACGUCCAGACCUCCGGGAACGGACUCUACAUGAAAGAAGACCGAAACAAAGGCUUCGUGACGGGCAACCUGCAGCGCUUUCCCUCAGAUGAUUCGCUGUCAGACCGUGAAAGUUACAGCAGCACCGGCAGCUCGAGCGGCUCCGAGUCUCCCACAUUCGACGGCACGAGCGGGAAACGUCUGUCUGUGUUCACGCGGAUGUCUCUCUCAGACUAAAACUCAUCCGAAAGACUUUUUCAUGAUUCCUUUCCAAUCAAAAUGAUUCAAAAUAAUUUGCUACGAGUCUUAAUACUGUUAAUUUAUUAUGUACUUGCUAAAGGAGAUUUUUUUUUGAUACCAAGCUGCCCUCCAAAGCUAAGAAGGCCAAUGUUUAUACCGGUGUAUUUUCUGUGAUAUUGUCUUCCAUUUGAUUUUUCUUUUCAGCGUUGUUUGGCAAUAAGCAUUGACAGACAGGUGCCUUAAAAAUAUCAUAACCAACGCUUGUGGCGUAAGCAGACAACCAUUUAUAUCUGUAUUUUAUAAAUGGAAAAAUUUAUAUAUAGCUAGUAUAUAUCAACCAGCAAUGUGACAAACUUGAGAAAAUGGCCAUACAUUCACUCAUAAAGAAAUGCACUUUACAAAUGUAUACUGGGAGAAUGUUUCCAUGUAGCAUUUUAACCAAAGCAUUAUGAUGUUAGGUACCUGUUUUGUACAAGAAACCUAUGAAACAAACAUGAAACUAUAUAUUUAUAUUGGACAAGACCUGUCAAGUUGUAUAAUGUUUUGACAACCCUGCUUGGGUCCUUACUCAAGGAAACUUGUCUUUCAUCAGGGAAAGUAACAGUACAGUAUUUCUGUAGAGUAGAUCGCUUCAUUUACAAUGUUUUUUUUUUUUUUUUAGACCUAACUAAUAUAUUUAUUAAGUAUUUAUUGAAGUUACAGCAAUGUAUUUUUUACUUAUUUAUCAGCAUGUGUCAUAGUCUUUGAAAAUGUAAGAUGUUGACACAAAAUGAUGGAAACUAUUAUUAUAUAUAUAUUUUUUUUUUCAAUUAAACAAAAUAAAAAAUGCAAAUUGUGGAGGAAAAAAAAAACAUUUGA